GUGAGAAUUACAGAGGAAUGCUUUUAAUUAUCUCGUAACUAUAUGUAAAUAAUUUUUUUCGUUCUUACAAUCCUUGAUGCUCAAAGAUCUAGCACGCGAUACUGCUAAGCGAGCAACAGAAGAAGUAUUCCAUUCACGUUCAGUGAAUGUAAAAGGCAUGUGGGCUCUUAAAUCUUAUUUUUGGCCUUCCAAAUGGCAACAAUUGUGAAAUACAAUUCUGAUUUAAGGAUUUACUAAAUCAUGAACUUUGCAGUCCAUCUUGAUUGAAAUGAGUGUAAACACAAUUUUCGGACCAAAUACCGGAGGUCAAAUCAUCCCUAAUAUCAUUUCUAGAGCGCAAUGGGGCGCUAAAUCACCAAAGUCACCACUUUCCAAUCUUGCAAAAAAACCAGCGCCUUAUGUAAUCAUUCAUCACUCGACUGAUACUGGUUGCGAGACUCAAGCUCUAUGUCAGGCUAAAGUGAGAGGAUUUCAGAAUUACCACAUGAACUCGAAAGGCUGGACCGAUAUUGGUUACAAUUUUCUAGUCGGUGAAGAUGGAAACGUUUACGAAGGUCGCGGCUGGGGCAAAAAAGGCUCUCACUCUAAACCUUUUAAUGGCAAGAGUAUCGGAAUUUGUAUCAUCGGGGACUAUUCUAAUCGAACACCAAAGCCAGCAGCGGUACAAGCCGUGUCUAAAUUGAUUGCUUAUGGCGUAUCCAAUGACGAGAUAAAGAGUGAUUAUAUACUUCUUGGACAUCGGCAGACCGGGCAGACUACAUGUCCUGGAAACAGCCUUUACGGGAUGAUAAAAUCAUGGCCUCAUUGGCAGUCAUCUGCCUAAGUAAUAAGCAAACAUUCGUUGUAGAUAAUAUGUGAUCAAUGCUUUCGUUUAUGGGCAGAGUGAAUGUGAAUAACAAUUCCGGUAUGCAUGGAUAAGCAUAUUGUAUGAAAAUAAUGUAUGAGUACAUUGGAACUCGCAGCGGUAAUAAUUUUCUAUGUCACUAAGCUGAGCUUUUCGUUACACGUUUGGAGAAGUAAGCUUGUUUGAAAUAUAUUAAUUUGAUAUGAUUUUCCAUCAGCACAAGCUCCACCAUUAUAAGACGAUCAUUUAUGUGCGAUAUUGAAUUAAAGUAUAGUGAUUAACAAUCAAAUGUAAUAUUAUAUAUCUUUACAAAAUGCAUAAUAUUAUAAAUAAAAUAAUUAAUCCACA